AUGGGAUUCAAUUCAGUCUAUAAGGCAUUGCAGGAUGUCUUUCCACAGGUUGAUUCUCGUUUAUUGAGAGCUGUUGCGAUUGAGCACCCUAAGGAUGCUGAUUUAGCUGUAGAAGUUGUUCUUGUUGAUAUCAUCCCUCACCUGUCUGAACAAUCACAAUCACCUCCAGUUAACUUUUCCAAUAAAGUCGAGAAUACACCCAGUCUCUUUGAAGUUGUUGUAGAUGGUGGCAAAACUGUUCAGCUUGAGGCAGCUAUGGGUUCUGAACAAUCAUUUAAAGCUGGUUCUUCCAGUACUGAUGCAAAUGGUGAAGCUGCCAAUGUUGGUAAUGGUUUACCAAUACUCUUGGAGAAAGGUGGAGACAAGAGUAAUGUUGAUGAAAGGGAUCUUUAUGAUAAUCGUGAUGAAGAAUCUUUUGGUAUUUUUGGUAAAAAUGUUGCACUUUUGGUUGAGACCUUUGAAAAUGAUUCUAAAGUUACUGGUUAUAUUCAAAAAGAAGCUGGAUCUCGGUUUUCAAGCUCCCCUGAACCUCAUUUAGCUGUCACUCAAGAACUUGAUCCUGGUAGUUCCUCAAAAACCCCAUCUGAAAACAAUGAUUUUGUAACUGAAGAAAAUACAGAGGGUGAAUCCAUGAUGAACUCUUCCCUUACAAGAUCUGACCAAAUUUGUAGCACUGAACUUCUUGAGGAUAUUCUUGAAGAAGCUAGGAAUGAAAAGAAAACCCUGGUGUCAACAAUGGAUUCAGUUGUUGAACUUAUGAGAGAAGUUGAAGAAAAAGAGAAAACUGCUGAAGAAGCUAAAGAGGAAGCCACCCGUGACUGCUCACAUAUAUUUGCAAAGGUGGAUGAACUAAAACAGGCACUUGGACGUGCAAAAGAAGCAAAUGACAUGCAUGCUGGAGAAGUCAAUGCUGAGAAGGCCAUUUUAGCUACUGAGUUGAAGGAGCUUCAGCUUCGCUUGUUGACUUUAUCAGAUGAGAGAAACUACUCGCUUAGAAUCCUUAACGAGAUGCGUGAGGCUCUAGAGAUUCGGUUGUCUGUAGCUUUAAAAGAAAUUGAGGCAGCAGAGGGACAAAAGCUGGAGAAAGAAAAGUUUGCUAGAGAAGCACUCGCAUACCAAGAAAGUCAAUUGGAAAAGGUGGUUGAAGAGUCCCAGAAGCUGCAGAGAGAAGCAGAGGAGAAUUCCAAGUUGCAAGAAUUUCUCAUGGACAGGGGUCGUGCAAUUGAUAUCCUACAGGGAGAGAUUUCUGUAAAAUGCCAGGAUGUGAGACUGCUGAAAGAGAAGUUUGACAAGAGAAUCCCACUUUCUCGAUCAUUAUCAUCCAGCCAGACAUCAUCAGUUUUAGCAGCAGCCUCUCCAUCUUCAUCUUUCACCACCACAACCAGAGUAGUAGUAGCUGAACCGGAGGCUGAGAUGUAUGAAACCCCAAAGAAGAGGUUAGAGUUGGAUGAUCCUUAUUCACCCAAGUCUCUUCCUUCUCCUCCUACACAAACUGUAUUUCAUUUUGGAGCAGCAGAGAAACAGACUAGUAGUAAUGAUGCUUGGAAGUUGCUUCUAAAUGAUGACGAUUGGGAGCUGUUUGACAAAGGUGAAUUGUCAACCGGUGCUGCAUAGUCUUAUUAUACAAUAUGCUUUUUUUGUCCCCAAAUAACCAACCACUUUUGUCUAUCAACAUUAUCAUCUAUAUACAUAUCGAACCGUAAAUAUUAAUAUCCUUCCUUUUUGUUUAUAAGUUGCUUGCGAUGGAAUCUGAAUAGUUUUUGGUUUGGG